UUUCUCUCUCUACUUCAAUCUGUUUUCGAAUAGCCCUUUAUAUCAGUCAAAGACGCUCUUUUCUCCUUCCUCAACAAACCUUCAAAUUCAUAGAUACAGACCCUAAAGCUAGAAACUUGAAAAAAACCCGAAUCCAAAUACCCUUUUUGGUAUCGGAUUCAAAGGUUUCAGCUUUGUAUUGAUCUCAUAGUGGGGUGUCUCGGUCUCAGAGAAAAAAGAAAAGAAAUGUUGCAGUUGUUCUUCACAGUGGCUUUCUCUGCGGUUCCAUUGACCCUUUAUGUUCCACCUCUUAGAAGCUUAAAUCUAUUUGUGGAAACGAUGGAAUAUAUGAUAAGAGAAUCAAGAAUAUACAGCAACAGAGUUUACCCUCGCCUACGUGUUGCUUGGUCCAGGAUCUUGGAUGUUAUGCUUUGCAACAACGACAACACAAGGUAGAUUAAAAUUUCAAGAAUUGAUCAUGAUGAUGGCUUUGAAGCUUUCAACCACAUCUUAUUGUCCAUAAGUUUUCACUCUUUUUCCUUUCUAGAUUUUUAAAUUUAUUUUUAAUAUAUUUGACUUCAAUUUCCCAACCUUCAAUAAAAGC